AUGGGAUCGUGCCGACCUUUGUUUACGAAGAACGGGUGGCACAUUUGCACUGAAAACUAUGAUCUGCCUUAUACCAGAGAAUCGUGCGAAAAUUUAUGCGCUGACCCGUGUACCAUGACCACCGGUGCUCCGGGCAUUUGCAUCUUCAAUGAAAUAUGCAAGAUGUAUAAUUUUAAGCCCCCCUAUUACAGACCAUGCAACGGUAACAACUUAAAUUGCUGUCCCAUGAUACCCGACAGAGACUUGAUAUCAUUCGGAGGGCUUCAAGAUGAAAGAAAUGGAAUCAUCGAAGUUGGAGUUAUUAAAGACAUGAAAAAUCCAGCCUAUCCACCCGAUGCAUACACUUACUUCUUCUUUCUCCCGAGUCAUUUUAGUAAGGAUGGCAAAAGCUACUAUUAG